CUUUGUUUCUAAAGGACCAGAAAUAUUUACCCAUGCAAAUUUGCCAUCCCUGAAGAUACAUUUUUGGGCAUCAAUUCUGGGAAUUUUUUUCAUCGUUGAAAGUUCCAUCAUAGUACACUCUAGAUAUUAGAUUGAAGCUCUGGAUGAUUCAGUGCACAAUAACACGAGGUGUAUCCAGUUGAAACUUGGCUUGCACACCAUCUGCAAAGAUAGUAUCAAAGGGCUUGUCUACAUUGCCUGCUGGAUCGACAGGCAGCGAUUGAUCCAGCGGGGGUCGAUUUAUCGCGUCUAAUCUAGACGCGAUAAAUCGACUGCCGAACUCUCUCCUGUCAAUUCCAGUACUCCACCAGGGCAAGAGGUGCAGGCAGAGUCGAUGGGAGAGCGUCGGCUGUCUACUUACGCAGUGAAGACACCACGGUUUGCCCAAGACCCCGUGUGCCUGACGUUUUCUUUGAUCAUCUCUUGUUCGCUAGCCUGAAAAUACAGCUUUAAAAAGGAUUCCAGGCAUAUUUGAUCUGCCAGAAAAAGCUGUUCCAAAUGGACAAUAUGUCUAUUACUAACACACCAACAAGUAAUGAUGCUUGUCUGAGCAUUGUUCACAGCUUGAUGUGCCAUCGGCAAGGUGGAGAGAGUGAAACUUUUGCAAAACGAGCAAUCGAAAGCUUAGUUAAAAAGCUAAAGGAGAAAAAAGAUGAAUUGGAUUCUUUGAUUACAGCUAUAACUACAAAUGGAGCUCAUCCUAGUAAAUGUGUUACAAUACAGAGAACAUUGGAUGGAAGGCUUCAGGUGGCUGGUCGUAAAGGGUUCCCACACGUGAUCUAUGCUCGUCUUUGGAGGUGGCCUGAUCUUCACAAAAAUGAACUCAAGCAUGUUAAAUAUUGUCAGUAUGCUUUUGACCUAAAAUGUGACAGUGUCUGUGUGAAUCCUUACCAUUAUGAACGUGUGGUGUCACCUGGCAUUGAUCUUUCAGGACUGACCUUGCAGAGUUCUGCUCCAUCAAGUAUGUUGGUGAAAGAUGAAUAUGUUCAUGACUUCGAAGGACAGUCCUUAUCUACAGCUGAAGGCCAUUCAGUCCAGACCAUCCAGCAUCCACCAAGUAACAGGGCUUCUACUGAGACUUACAGCACCCCAGCUAUGUUAGCUCCUACUGAGUCUAGCACUACCAGCACCACCAACUUUCCCAACAUUCCUGUGGCUUCCACAAGUCAGCCAACCAGUAUAUUGACAGGUAGCCAUAGUGAUGGACUGUUACAGAUUGCUUCAGGGCCUCAGCCAGGAACGCAGCAGAAUGGGUUUACAGCUCAGCCAGCUACUUACCAUCACAAUAGUACGACGACUUGGACUGGAAGUCGAACGGCAGCCUACACACCUACUAUACCUCACCAUCAGAAUGGGCAUCUUCAGCAUCACCCACCUAUGCCCCACCCUGGACAUUACUGGCCAGUUCACAAUGAACUUGCAUUCCAGCCUCCUAUAUCAAAUCAUCCUGCUCCGGAGUACUGGUGUUCAAUUGCUUACUUUGAAAUGGAUGUGCAAGUUGGGGAGACAUUUAAAGUCCCUUCAAGCUGUCCAGUUGUUACUGUUGAUGGCUAUGUGGACCCUUCUGGAGGAGACCGCUUUUGCCUGGGCCAGCUUUCUAAUGUACACAGAACAGAAGCCAUUGAAAGAGCAAGGUUGCACAUAGGUAAAGGGGUGCAGUUGGAAUGUAAAGGUGAAGGCGACGUGUGGGUUAGGUGCCUCAGUGACCACGCAGUCUUCGUUCAGAGUUACUACUUGGAUAGAGAAGCAGGGCGUGCACCAGGAGAUGCAGUUCACAAGAUUUACCCAAGUGCAUAUAUAAAGGUGUUUGAUUUACGCCAGUGUCAUCGUCAGAUGCAGCAGCAGGCUGCUACUGCCCAAGCUGCAGCUGCUGCCCAGGCUGCAGCAGUAGCUGGAAACAUCCCUGGACCAGGAUCAGUAGGUGGAAUAGCCCCAGCUAUCAGUUUGUCGGCUGCUGCUGGAAUCGGCGUAGAUGAUCUUCGCCGCUUAUGCAUACUCAGGAUGAGUUUUGUGAAAGGUUGGGGACCUGAUUACCCAAGACAGAGCAUCAAAGAAACACCCUGUUGGAUUGAAAUUCAUUUACACCGGGCCCUCCAGCUUCUAGAUGAAGUACUUCAUACCAUGCCUAUUGCAGACCCACAACCUCUGGACUGAGAUCCCUCUGCGCACUGCUGUGGGCCGUUAUAUUGUCGGGAUGGUGGAUUGUAAAAUACAAUUCUGUUUAUAACCUGAAGAUAUAUUUUACUUCUGUUCUGCUUAAUCUUUUAAAACCAAGUUUUAAAAAUGUGUUUGCCUUCUUGCUCUUUUAAGAAAGAAACUGAACAUGCAGAAAUUGGAUUUCAAGUUACUUUUUCAGAACUUUACUGUCACAACAGGUGGCUCAGGGCUUAAAGUAAAGCCUAUAUGGAUAUUUUCAAAGGGAUUGAACACAGUACUGGUAACUUUGAUCUGCUCUAUUAUGGCAACUUGCUGACAAGCCCCAUGAGACCCUUUUGUAUGCAGAAUAUAUAUAUAUAUAUAUAUAUAUAUAUAUAUAUAUUUAUAUCUGAAAAUUCUUUCUAAUCACCAUAAACAUUUACCUUAAAAGAACUUUAAAGUUACUGAAAUCUUGCAUUUAAUUCUUUUAGGGAACAAAUCAUUAGCAACAGAGAUUUCUUUAUCUUGAUGAGUAUCUUGCUGUGGUUUUCCAGAUUGAAGAGUACAAACUGCCAAAAAUUAGGAGUAUGUUGUUGGUAAUAAUUAAGAGUAGCCUGGAAAAAGAAAUGUUUCUUUUCCUUUACUGUAUUUUAAAAAGAUGUCUUAGAUUUUUAUUUAUAUAGGCACACAAUUUUUAAAACACUAACAGGAGUGGAUACUUUCAGUGCUGGCACUCAGUUUAAAUAUAACAUGAAAUAUCCGAUCUGUAAAAUUGCCAAUUAAAUGACAUAAUGAAUAUCUAAUGGUAGGAACAUAUUUUCAUAACUACUGCUGACUUCUGUGAUCUAAAUACAAAGGAAAAAAAGUCAGACUAAAAUGGGUAGUUUGAUUGUUUAUACUUAAUUUGAAAAGUUGAUAACUUGCAUAUACCAUUAAAUCAUGUAUAUUAUGACAUCAGUAUUUAGGAUCCAGUUUUUGUAUCUGUUCACCAUUUCCACUCAGGGCAAGAUGACAAACUUGUUUUUAUACCUCUUGGUUAUUUUAAGCCCGAUGCCAUCAAUGACCUCAUCAAUUGGCAAUGACUUUGUAUAGAGAAUUUAAAGUAGAAAAACUUGCAAAUGUAUUGACUGUAUGACAGCUACAAUAUGUAUGCUUUCUCUCUAGUUAAUAGUAUCAAUAAAAUUCUGAAAACCCCAGUUUA